AUGUCAACAUAUCUUGAUAUGCCACUCUUGAUCUCUGACCACGAUGGAGAGGAUUCCGAGGGAGAAAGCUCCAAUGGAGUCAAGAAUUCCAGCGCAGAUGAGGUUGAAUCUGUAAAUCCCGCUUUAUCUGCAACUCAAGAGCAAUCAGCGUUGAGCCCUGAAUCUUUCAAUUGCGAAAGAAACAAGGUGAUGAAGAUCGUUGUUAAGUAUGUGGCGAUGAAGAUCACAAACUCUUUCCCGCCCCAAUCUUCUCGGAACGUUGACCCCACGGAAAUGCCAUUGGAUGAGUAUCUCAUGAUUUUGGUAAGCCGACUCCAAUUGUCCUUACCACUGUUCAUGAAGGGCAUUAUUUAUUUGUUCAGAUACAUGGACAUUAUUUAUCUCUUGAGGUAUGUCAACCAGUCCAAUAAUUUUGCAAACUACACCGAUAUGGGCUACGGACUCAAGAAGCUUAUCAUUGGAUGUUACCGAUUGGUCUUGGCGCGCGAGAGAAGAAGCAACGACUGGAGCAAAAUCACCGGGUUGAGUAAUGCGCAAAUCAAUGACAUAGUCAAGACCGUAGUGGGGAGAUUAAAUGGGAAAUUGCUGAUCAAGAAUGUCGAGUUGAUACGGUUGAGAAGCGAGAUUUUCAGGUUCGUGAAGAUGGUCACAAAAACUGUUUAA